CACCAGAGGUGAGCUCUGUUACUAUGAGAGAAGCAACAGACACAAUGUCCGUCAUGGACAGGUUUUGAGUCGUACAAAUGGAAACACACAUCAUGAUUCCGGCCUUCCAACCUGGAAUUCCUGGCCGAUGGACGAGAUCGACGCGUUGCUGGGGCUUGAAACCAAUGAGGUUGCUCCGCCACUAGAAGAUUCGUUUGAGUGGAUGUUGUCAAACAAUGAGCCUCUAGCAAUUGACGUAAAUACUUGUGGCCCGGAAAGACAAAAUCCUAUUGUAGCUCAAGCUACUGAACUGCCAACACCGCCAGCAUCGGACCCGAAGUUACCGGAUUUACCAGAGCUGCCAGACAUAUUGCAGCUAGUCGAGUUGUUCUUUGAAAAGUUCUACCGUUACUUUCCUAUACUUCACAAGGAGGCCAUCCUAUCCGCCCUCAAAUCACACGGGGCAGAAGGCAUUCCACCAGUUUUGCUCUAUGCAAUCAUUGCCGUUUCAGCAGGUGCCCAUCCCAACCAGCGGUUUCGGAAAUUACAACAGAUCUGGUAUGAGGAAGCAAAGUGUCGAGUCUCAAGAGAAAUACGAGAGCCGGACCACGUGCUCCAAACUAUGCAAGCUGCCGUCCUAGUCGUCUAUCUUGGACUAGCAUAUGUCGACUAUUCCACCUCGAUAGUGAUGCUUGGUGAAGCUUGGAGGAAGACUGUUGCCAUUGGCUUUGGCGACACCUUGCGAAACAUGAUUGUGAAGACCCUAGGAACUCAAGAAAAAGCAAAGUGGAUAGAGAAGGAAGAGAUUAUAAGAAUCUCAUGGAUUCUCUUCAUUAUGGAUCGCGGUAUGUGCUUUCCUAUCGGAUUGAUGCAUGCGAUUGAUGAUCGGCGGAUGAAGAUUGAGUUUCCAAUGGCGGAACGCGACUUUCAGUCUGACCAGGUGCCUGCGCCUCGAUGCCCGAAUCGGUUUACCUAUAACAUGGACAACUUGAUUACUGCAAUGAGAGACAGGAGCUCACGAGGCUCGGCAACCCAACUGCAGUAUCUCAUUCUGGGAUACGCAAUGCUAGGGCGCAUUAGCGAAGCGCUCGACCCUGCUGCUGACGACGACGAGGAUGGGCGCAAAGAGCGAAUAGAUGUCCUCUGCACGCAGCUUGCCAAGAUUCGACUGAUGCUUCCUCGCUCUGCCACGGAGCUCUCCAUGGCCAAUUACGACGAGUUUAUAGAAGUGAUUUGGCUCAACGUCAUCUUGAAUGCAUGCACGAUUCUUUUGCAUCACCGACCCCUUCAAGAAGGAGAAUCCCUCGACGAUGCGGGAACAGAGUUGGCUAAGAAUUGGCCGCUCUGUGUCGCUGCUGCACGGAACACGAUAUCCGUUCUUCGAGAUGCUUCUCGCGUAUCCGUCGACUUUGUGAGCAACGCGCACUUCCCGUGUCUGCUGUUCACUAGUUGCAGGAUACUCAUGACGGAGUAUAUCUGCCCUUCGAGAUAUUGCGAAAAAGCCAAACCGGCGGAUGGUGUUAGUUCGCCCCCGGCUCGUGAUCCGAAGCUACGUGAAGACCUGGAGGUUGUUACCAUGACAUUUUUCAGGAUGAGGGAAGUAUGGCAAGGUCUGGGCCAGAAGUUUAGCAAAGGAAUGCACUUUUAUCUGCACCAAGGGGAGGAUUUCGCGCGCAAGACAAAGGCCGGCGGUGCGCGGAGUCUGCUCGGGGUAUGCGACAGCUCUAUAUCCUAGCUUGAUUCCCUUAGAGUACGAGCUGAGUUU